AUGGAAAAACUAUUGCAUUGGUCAAUUGCCAACUCACAAAAUGAUGAAGAAGCCAAACAAAAGGCAGGAACUCCAGAUCCAAGACUAUUACAACAAUUGUUUGGUGGUGCUGGAAGUAGUGGUCCCGAUGAUCCUACAUUAAUGAAACAAUCCAUUGAAGUAUUAAUGAACCCAGAUGUCGAUGUCGAUACUAAAUUAGUCGCUAUUGAUAAUUUUGAAAUGUUGAUUGAAAAUUUAGAUAAUGCUAAUAAUAUUGAAAAUAUGAAAUUAUGGGACCCAAUUUUGAAAAUUUUGGAUUUCGAGGAUUUGGAAUUGAGAGCUGCAGCUUUAUCCAUUAUUGGUACUGCUGUACAGAAUAAUGUCAAUUCUCAAAAUAAUUUUAGUAAAUAUGACGGUUCUUUAAACAAAGUUAUCGCUCUCGUAAAUGAUAAAAAUCAAAAUUUGAAUGUUAGAAUAAAAGCAUUGUAUGCUUUGUCAAAUUUGGUUAGGAAUAAUAAAGAAAUAGCGACAGAAUUUGAAAAGUUAAAUGGUUUAGAUAUUAUAUCUCCAAUAUUGAAAGAUGAAAGUGCUAAAACAAAAUUGAAAAUGAGAGCCAUUGCCCUGCUAACAGCGUUUUUAACCUCUGUCGAUAUAAAUGAUGAUCUAAUUUCAUUAUUAAGAAAAGAUGGAAUACUAGAAACUACCAUCAAUUGCCUAAAUACUGAAAUUGAUCUAAAUCUAAUCGACAGAGUGCUAAAUUUACUAGCACAAUUAAUUGCUGCUGGUAUUAAGUUCAAUGAAGAUGAACUAGAAAACUUAAGAACAGGUUUCGAAAAGAUAGAAUCAUUAAAGGACAGACUAAAUGAAGAUGAUUAUUUGGUCGUCAAGUAUGUAUUAUAA